AUGAUUGGUCGUUCGGCUCGGGUCUGUGACCUUUGGAGCGACGGCGGUUGGAUUGGCACCCUCUCUCUCUCUCUACGCCUGCUCUGCCCGUCACGGCUGGAGGGGGGGGGGGGGCCUCGACCUUCUCGGAUUUCUCCUAGGUACGAAGCACCGCGCCACUGGACGGCAAAUGGCCCACCCUUGGCUUGUGCUGCCGACGGACUCAAUGGAGGCGAGGGCCUUGUGUCUCUCUUACCUAUAUAUCAUGAUCGUCCUCGCCUGCCCAAGAGAGGUUGUUUGGAAGAACACCAGCACAUUAUCCUUCUAGGAUCUCAGCCUUCGAUCCUAUCCAUUCACUCGUUCAGUUCCUUUCGUUUUAUAACUGCCAAAAUGUCAGUUUUACGCUAUAUUCUUCCGACCCUGUCUAUGGCGCUGGGUGCCAUCGCCGAGUCACGCAAUUUCGACCUGAACCUUACGUGGGAAACGGCCUCCCCUGAUGGAUUUGCAAGGCAGAUGAUUCUGGUCAACGGACAGUCUAGUGCACCUAGGCUCGAGCUUAACGAGGGUGACGAUGUCGUGGUCAAGGUCAACAACGCCCUGCCCUACCCGGUUACCAUUCACUACCAUGGUAUCGAGAUGUUGAACACUCCCUGGUCCGAUGGUGUUCCGGGACUUACCCAGCGUCCCAUUCAGCCUGGCAAGUCGUUCGAAUAUAAGUGGAAGGCUACACAAUACGGUGCCUACUGGUACCACGCUCAUUAUGAAGGUCUCAUCGAGGAUGGUCUCUUUGGUGGCAUCACCAUCCACCCGUCCGCCUCUCACCAGAAGCCUUUCAGCUUGAUCUCCAGCGACGGUGCCGCGGUUCACGCCAUGGAACAGGCCGAAAAGAAGGUUGUCCCUCUCCUGCUCGCCGAUCACCGACACAUGAUCUCUGAAGAGGUUCACGACAAGUCUGCCGCUGCCAACAUUCAGUUCUCUUGCUACGACUCUUUCCUCUUCAACGGAAAGGGCAAAGUUACUUGCCGCACUCCCGAAGAGAUUGACGCGCUUCUCACCCCUGAGCGCCGCGAUGUUCUGGCCAAUGUUCAGGGUGCUCGCAUGACAGACAAGGCUUGUAUUCCCGCUGCCGUCAUUGCCCGUGGCCAGGGUGACCUGAGCAAGGUUCCGGCCGGCGUUUUCGAGGGAUGCCAACCCAGCGAUGGUGGCGUUGAGACCUUCAAGGUUGAGAAGAGCAACUGCGAUACUGAGAAGUGGGUUGCUUUCGACCUCGUCGGCGCUUACCACCUGCACACUGCCCUGUUCUCUGUCGACAACCACAGCAUGUGGGUUUACGCCGUGGAUGGUUCCUACGUCACCCCCCAAGAGGUUGAGGCCAUUCCCGUGUCUAACGGCGACCGCUAUUCCGUUCUCAUCAAGUACAAGGAGCAAGGUGACUUCACGAUCCGUGCCGCCAGUGUCAUUGCUACCCAGAUGCUCAGCGGUGUUGCCAAGCUUCAAUGGCGCGAGAAGGGCAAGGCUGAGCCCGAGAUUGUUGCCUCCACUCCCUGGGUCGCUCACAACGGAAAGCCCACCUCCCAGAAUGUUCGCGUUUUCCGCCAGGCCAACGCCAAGCCCUACCCGCCUAUCACCAUUCCUCGCGAGGCCCAGGCUCUGCACAAGUUUGAGAUGCGCACUGAGGGCGGCUCCUACUACUGGGCCCUGAACAACACCCUCCUUCUCCCCGCUGACUUCGAGAACGACCAGCCCGUCCUCUUCAACGUCCAGGCCAACGAGAACGACCCGACUGUCCUUUCUACUCGCAACAACACCUGGGUUGACAUGGUCUUCCAGGCUGCUGCCCCCCCUCAGCCCCCUCACCCUAUCCAUAAGCACGGCAACAAGAUGUUCUUGCUGGCUUCCGGAAACGGUACCUUCAACUGGAACACCAUCGAGGAGGCCGCUGCCGCUAACCCUCAGGCUUGGAACUUCGUCGACCCUCCCCGGAGGGACGCCUUUGCCACUCCCAACGCCAUCAGCGAGCCUACGUGGAUGGCCGUUCGCUACCUGGUCGACAACCCGGGUGCCUGGCUCCUUCAUUGCCACAUCCAGAACCAUAUGAUGGGUGGCAUGUCCGUCAUUAUCCAGGACGGUAUUGACGCCUGGCCCGUUACCCCUCAGGAGUACGUCAACUACGCUUAA